AUGGCGCUCCUCGAUCUCCCCCCAGACCUCCUUCUCGCCAUCGCCGACUUUCUCCCCGAAUCUGCCUUGAACGCUCUCCUCCAGACCAACUCCUCGUUAUACUUCCUCAACGCUACACUCUACCAAUACAAUGUUCGCUAUUCGCAUAGUAAUGCCUUGCUCUGGGCAUCGCUAUACGGCCACGAGCCCGUCAUCCGCAGAUUACUCUCCCACAACGCCGACGUAAAUACCACGACCAUCCGGCGCGGCCCCCGACGAGGAAUAAGAAGAAACAAAAACGCCAUGAGAUCAAUGGCAGAUGCGCUGGAGCGAGCAGAAAAGAAAUCCAACUGCGUCACCUCAUUAGCAUCACCGCUUGUCCAUGCAGCGGCAGGCGGAUACGUCGAUAUCAUGGAGUUAUUAAUCCAGCACGGCGCGGAUAUCCACGCAACAACACUUACCAACACAAACACGACAUUAAGAAAACCGAAGAGGUUAACACCAUGUCAUUGCCUUAGCACACCGAUAAUGACAGCCGCGCACCACGGCCACGUACCCGCAAUCGAACUCCUCAUACACCACGGCGUGGAUAUCAACGUCCCGCAAGCUGCAUGUAACAGCCCACUAAGUCUCGCUGCUAUCAACGGACACAUCCCAGCGGUACGAGCGCUCCUCCUUCACGGCGCAGACGUGAACACAAUCCGCAGGGGUACAACACCACUCGUCAAAGCAAUCCAAGCCAACCAACUCGACGCCAUCCGCGUCCUCAUCAACGAGGGGAACGCAGAUCUCACGAUCACAAGCAACCACCCACAACUAUUCACCCCGCUAUUCUGGGCAGUCAGCCAGAAUAAUCCCGCCAUCAUCUCCCUCCUGCUCAACCACGCCCCGGCAGAAAUCGAACGACAAGACGCCAUCGGCCGAACACCCCUCGCGUUCGCAGUCUGGGAAGAGCGCAUCGAAGCUAUCGAAUGUCUCUUAUCUUAUGGCGCAGACAUCAAUGCCGCAAAUCGCGUCGGCCAGACGCCAUUAUGGUGGGCGGUUUUGUCGAAUAGUAUCCCCGCGACAAAAACGCUGUUAACGCAUGAUGCAGAUACGAGUGUUCUAGCUCCCUUGGAUAACGAGGAUGAAGUUAUGCCGGUUCUUUUAGCAGCCAUGAAGAGGUUCCAUUAUGGACUGGUGGAGGUUCUGCUUGAGCAUGGCAUUGACCCGAACUGUCUGUCUGUUUCGCUUUCGGGGCAGAGAGACAAGGAGGUGACGCCGCUUUCUUUGGCUGUGGAAUAUCGGGAGGUUGAACUUGUGAGGAUGCUUCUGCAGCAUGGCGCGGAUCCGAAUGCGCGGGGUGGACGGCGCGAGUCGACGCUUUUAGAUCAUGCCAUCGCCGCAGGAAAUGUAUGCAUCGCGACGAUGCUGCUCGACCAUGGGGCGGACCCGAAUGCCCUUGUCAAACUAUCUGGAAAGCGCAAGGGGAAGGUUUCACCGUUGUGUUCCUCGCUCAAGUGUCGGCAGUUUGCCAUUGCGCGGUGUUUAGUUGACCAUGGCGCUAAUGUGACUGAGCCGGGGUUAUUGGUGAAAGCUGUUGGUAGAGAAGACGUGGGAUUAACCAUGGCGAUGCUGCAGCACGGAGCUCGAGAAGGCAUUAACCAGGCAUUGAACUUGGCCAGGUUCAAAAAGGACGGCAUCCUCGAGCAAUUGCUCACUCUAUGA